CGCCCCACCAUUCCCGCCGCGCAAAGGUUGUCGGGAAGCUCCUCGUCAUCCCUCCUCCCGCGAGCCGCGCAGGGACUGCCGGGAAGGGGAGACUCGGCGGGGCCAUGGCGGAGUCGCCGGGUGACAGCAGCAUCCCCGGGGCACAAAGGGACGCUGAGGCAGUGCAGCUGGGGGCUGUGACGUAUUUAUGGACCCCGCUCUCGCCGCAGUCGCAGUGUCUAGAUGUGGGAGUCAUGUGUCCCUGCAAUCUCACGCAGGCGCAGAGCGAGGCGGAGCCGCUGGCGGCGCAAGCGCAGAGCGAGGUGGGCUCGGCGCAUGCGCGGGCGCGGCGGCGACUGGAGGCAUUGCUGAACCGCAGCCUGCGCGUGCGUAUGUCGGACGGGCGCACGCUGGUUGGCUGCUUCCUGUGCACAGACCGCGACGCCAAUGUCAUCCUUGGCUCCGCCCACGAGUUCCUUAAGCCCUCGGACUCCUUCUCAGGUGCGGAGCCGCGAGUGCUGGGCUUGGCUAUGGUGCCUGGGCACCACAUCGUGUCCAUCGAGGUGGAGCUGGAGCCGUCAAGGCCAUGACCCCACCCAGAGCGGAGCAUGCUGGGACAUGGCCCCCCUUUGGGCACUGUGGAGCAUGUUAGGACACAGCCUCCCCCUGGCCAAUAAAGGCAAUGGGACCCAC